AUGGGAAGUGGCCAGCUCCAUUACUCUGUCCUGGAAGAAUCCCAGCAUGGCACCUUCGUUGGCCGCAUUGCCCAGGAUCUGGGGCUGCAGGUGGAGGAGCUUAUGCCCCGGAUGUUCCGGAUGAUAUCCCAAGGCCAUGAGGACUACUUAGAGGUAAAUGUCCAAAAUGGAAUUUUAUUUGUUAAUUCCCGGAUAGAUCGAGAGGAGAUGUGCGCCAAGAUCCUUGUAUGCAUGAUUCACCUGGAGGUGAUCCUGGAUAAACCAUUGAGAGUCUUUCAUGUGGAAGUGGAGAUCAAGGAUAUCAAUGACAAUGCUCCUAUAUUCCCAGCUGCUGGGCAAACCCUGAUUGUUCCUGAAUCUAGACUUCCAGGUUCAUCCUUCCCACUAGAGGGAGCUUCUGAUGACGAUAUUGGUUCAAACUCUCAUCUCAGCUACAAACUCAGUCCCAAUGAGUAUUUCACCUUGGAUGUUCAAAACAAUGAGAAGCAUGGUGAGUCUUUAGUUCUUGUGUUAAAGAAACCUCUUGAUCGAGAAUUAACUCACGUAUACAAUUUAUUGCUUACGGCCACUGAUGGAGGGAAACCAGAGCAAACUGGCACAGCUCAGUUGCUAAUCAGUGUGCUGGAUACGAAUGAUAAUGCACCAGUUUUUAAUCAGUCUGUGUAUCAAGUUAAAGUUUUUGAAAAUGCAAAAAUAGGAACAUUAAUAAUCUGUCUCAAUGCAACAGAUCUUGAUGAAGGAAUUAACAAAGACAUUAUAUAUUCAAUUCGAAGUGUUAACCCACAGAAUUUAGGUGCACUGAUCAGUUUAGAUUCAAGUAAUGGACAAAUCACAUUAAAUGGAGAACUUGAUUUUGAAAGUAUUAAGUUAGGUGAAAUUAGGGUAGAAGCAACAGACAAAGGCUCCCCACCAAUGAAAGGACAUUGCAAAGUCCUGAUUGAGGUCUUGGAUGUGAAUGACAAUGCUCCUGAGAUAUCAGUCUCAUCACUGUCAGUGCCAGUGCCAGAGGACUCCCCACUAGGGACAGUGGUGGCCUUGCUCAGCAUUUCUGACAGAGAUGUUGGUGCCAAUGGACAAGUAAGCUGCUCCUUGUGGCCACCUGGCCUCCCCUUCAAGCUGAUGUCCAACUUCAAGAAUUAUUAUUCACUGGUGAUAGCUCAGCCUCUGGAUCGGGAGAAAGUAGCUGAAUAUAGACUGUUGGUGAUGGCACAAGAUCAAGGGGAGCCAUUGCUGUCAACCAGCAGCAGUCUGGUUGUGCCCAUCAGUGAUGUAAAUGACAAUGCACCUACAUUUGCACAACCCUCCUACAUGGUCUUUGUGAAGGAGAACAACCCACCGGGUGCUCACAUCUUCACUGUGUCUGCCUCAGACCUAGAUGUGGCUGAGAACGCUCUGGUUAGCUACUCGAUGGAUGACAAGCUUUGGCCACUGACAAGCUACAUCUCGGUGCACUCGGAGAGUGGGAAGGUCUAUGCCUUGCAACCCUUGGACUAUGAGGAGCUGAAGCUGCUGGAGUUCCAAGUGAGGGCCAAGGAUGCUGGGCUGCCCUCCCUGUGUGGCAAUGUGACUAUUCAGGUCUUUGUGGUGGAUGAGAAUGAUAAUGCACCAGCAGUGUCUGAGCCAGAGGAGGCUCCCAUCUUGCUGGCAGCCCCACUAGAAGCUGGACAUGUAGUGGGAAAGAUCCGUGCCUUGGAUGCUGACUCAGGCUACAAUGCAUGGCUGCGCUAUGAAUUGCAUGAUGCGAAAAGUGGUCCUUGGCGCGUUGGGUUAUACAGUGGUGAGAUCAGUACAACCCAAGUCCUGGAUGAGACAGAAGGUGGCAGCAGCCAGAAUCUGCUGAUAGUAGUGAAGGAUCAUGGCAAACCAGUGUUGUCAGCCACAGUCACAUUCAGUGUAUCACUAAUAUCAAGUGCUCAGGCUGUUCACACUGAUACCCGGCUUCCCAUGUUGGGAGUGAACUCAGGAUCCUUGGCGGACAAUUCCAAUAUCUACCUGAUCAUUGCCAUCUGCUCAGUUUCCACAUUGUUUCUGCUGGCAAUCAUUGUGUAUAUGGCUCUGCGAUGCCAGUGUCAACCCAAGGAGCCCGUGAUGUAUGGCCCUGGCACAGCCACACUGGUUUGUGCCAGCGAAGUGGGCAGCUGGUCCUAUUCAAAUCGCCACAGCCAUAUCCUGGCAGCUCCAGCUGGGGAGGCUGGUGCCAAGAAUGACCUCAUGGUUUUUACCCCCAACAUACCUAUCUUUUCAGAGAAUGGGGAACUGCAGAAUGGAAAGGAGCUGGUCCCAAAUAUAUCUGGGCAGGUGAGAUGUAAAGAGAGUUUGCUUUCUUUAAUUUUUCUGAUGUGUUAUCAUGUGGAGUCACUAGCAACAUAA